AUGAUAAAUUGCACUUUUCAUUCAAUAAAACAAAAAAAAAAGAACAAAGAAAAUGAAUUAGACUAUAUAAUAAAAGAAACCCUAGAUAAUUAUAAAAAUAGAAAUUGCAAUAAUUUAGAUAUAAAAGAAAAUAUAAAGAAAUUAGAAAAUUUAGAGAACAAUUUCAUAUAUGAAAACUUAAGUAGAAUUAAAAAUAAUGAUAUAAACAAAAAUAGUUUUAUAUAUGACAAUGAGAAAGAAAAAAAAGAAUAUUUUAAUUUGCAAAUUCCGAAACAUUUGUUGAAAGAUAACAUUAUAGUUAAGUUAAAAUAUUUUAUAAAUGAGUAUAUAUAUGAUGAAAAAGAAAAAAAAGUUAAUGAAAUUUUAAAUUCUAAAAAUAAAAAACAAUUACUAAAAAAAUAUAUAUAUGAAUUAAAAAAAAACAAUUUCUAUAUUUUAGAAAAUUUAUAUUUCUUUUUUAGUAUUGAUAAUAAUUAUAAUGAUUAUGCUUUAAAAAAAAUAUUCCAUAAUUUGCUAUUAGUUUUUGAUAAAAAUGAAGAAAAAAAUAUUUUUCUUGUUUUAUAUUUCUUUUUAAUUUUAUUAAAUGAAAAUAAUAUUAAUAAAUAUUUUACUUAUAUAAUUGAUUGCUUACAUAAAAUUUUAAAUGCCGAUCAGUCUACACUACAAAUUGAUGAAAAAGAUGAAAAUAUGAAAUUGUAUGAUCAUAAACCUAUGAUUCUUAAAAAUUAUUUUAUAAAUGAAAAUGGAAGAUAUUUUAUAUUUCUAUAUUUUUAUUUUCUUACAUUUAUUAUUUCUAGACAGCAAUUUAUGAACUAUUGUGACAAAAUAAUUCGCAUAUGUUUGGUUGGGUUGUUUGAUAAUUCCAGCACCAUUAAUUUUAUAAUGAUGAAUUUAAUUGAAGAAUUAUUAGAAAAGUUUGAUGAUGUUUUUAUAAGUUAUUAUUAUAUAAUUAGUACUUGCUUAUUAAAAUGUUUAUGUAAUAAAUACAGUAAAAUAAAAAUAAAAUGUUUUGACAUAUUAAUUAAGUUAAUUAAAAAUAAUAAUAAUUCAAAAAAUUAUAAAAUAAUAGAAAUGCUUAUUGGAUAUAAAGAUCCUAAUAUUAUUCCGAUAAAAAGUUUUUAUGAUAGUAACUACAUCAAUAUAAACUAUUUAUGUAUUUUAUUUAAUGAUAAGAAUGUAAAAGUGAAAUUUCAUUUUUACUCUUUUUUAUUUAUUAUCUUAUAUGAUUUUGUUGAUUCUAAUGAUUUUAUAGCCUUUUUAUUACCAUAUUUAUUUUCUGGCUGUUUUGAUAAUUAUAAAAUAUUUAGGAUAAUAUGUUUCUUAUAUCUUCAACUACUAUCAAAAAAAAAACAAUCAGAUUUAAAUAAUGAUGUAAAAGAAGAAAUUAUUUAUGAACUUUAUCCUGAAUGGUCAUAUAAAACUUCUUUUACUUUACCUUUGCCACUUACAAAGUUUUAUUUCAAUUUUCAUCAUAGCAACUUUUUAAUUAAAGAAAAUAUGUAUAAAAUUAGUAUUUUUUAUAAUAAAAAAGACAUGCAAGAAGAGAAUAACAAAAAGGAAAGUGUAAACCUAAAGAUAAAUGAAAAUAAAGAAAAAAAGAUAGAAAAUGGGAUAAACGAAAAAGAUGAAGAUAAAAAAGAAAAAUAUAAUUUUAAAGAAAUAUACGAUGAUAACUAUAAAAAAGAUGAAGAAUAUAGUAGUCAAUAUUAUGAAAAUCUACUACAUAAUUUGAUAGUUAGUAAUGAUAAUAUUUCAAGAAUAUUGAAAGAAAAUAAAAUAAAUUAUAUCGAUGUAACAAAUAAUGAAUAUAAUAAAGAAUGUAAAAAAUUGUCUUCUACACUUUUAAAUAUCUAUUUUAAAUAUUUAUAUAAGAAAAAAGAUGAAACCACUAAAUACGAAAAUUUAGAAUCUAGUAAAAUAAUAUUGCUAAUAUUUUAUUUUAUAGAAGAAAGCAUAACUGAACAUAUUCCUUCAUUCAUUUCAUAUUUAAUUCACUCAUUUGAAAAAAAAUUAGAUGAAGAAUUGUGGUGUAUUUAUAUAAAUUGUUUAUACCUAAUAGGUUCUUAUGUUAAUCCUUUUAAUUAUUAUUUCUUUCUUGAAAAAUAUAUGAAAAACAAAAAAGAGAAAAAUAUUACAAUAACUUGUUUAUAUAUAACAAACAUUAUAUUUACAGGAACUAUAGAAACAUAUAAAGAUAUUAAAUAUAAAAAAGGAAUUGAAAACAAAAUACAUGAUAACUUCAUAGAUGUUAUAAAAAAAAUAACUUCCUUAUUUUUUUUUAUUUUAAAUGGUGAAGAAUAUUUAGAAAAGUAUAUUCUCAUACUACAAAUAAUUUAUACUAUAAUUAACAAUGAAUGUGUAUACCUAAGAUUAGAAGAAAUAGAUAUAAUAUAUUUAAUAAUAUUGUUAUUUAUUAUUUUUAAGAAAACAAAUAAAAUUAGAGAGAUAAUAAAAAAAGAAAAAGAUAUGAUAUGCAUAACUAAAAAUUGCUAUAUUUCAUUGGAUAUAUUUAGUCUUCAUUUUUAUAUAAACAAAAUAAAGAAAUUAAAAAAUUUUGAAAGUCUGGAUUUUAAUAAAGAGGAUAUAAAUGUUAAAAUAAAUCCAAAUAUAAUAUAUGAAUUAUUUAAGCUUUCUGAUGAUAACAUCAACCAACAAAAAUUAAUCUUAGAACUACUAUCAGAUGAACUUUUAUACAACACAAAAUUUGUUUAUUUCUUAAUUCAAUUUAUAAUUAAAAGACAAACUUUUUUUUAUGAUAAAAAUUUUUGUAUUUUUUUAUCUAAUGUUAUUAUUAAAAUUUUAAAUCUAAAUCAAAAAAAAAAAAAUAUAACGAAAAUAAUAUUAUAUAAUGAAAGUUUAGAUUUAAAUGAUAUCUAUCAAGAGACAAAAAAGAAAAAGAAAAAUAAAAUAAAUCACGUAUUUUUAAAAUAUGCAUCUACUAUUUUCUUAUUAUUUAUAUUAAGAAAUAUAAAUAUUUAUGAAAAUUUUAGUAAUAUUAUUGAGACCUGUAAAAUAUUAUUUCAUAUUUUGAUUCAAGUAAAAAAUCCAUAUUCCUUUUUAUUUUUUAUUAAACAUACCAAUCUUGUAAAUAAAUUGUACGAUAUAAUGGAGUGUAGAGAAAUAAAAAGUAUUUAUUUUUGUAAAUAUAUAAAUAAUGAUAUUUUUUUAAAUUAUGAAAAAUAUAUUAAUAAUGAUGGAGAUUUUAGGUAUUUAGAUAAUAUAAACAUAAAGCACAAAAUAAAUAUUAAAAAAAAAGUAAAUGAUGAAAUAAAUAUUAUAUUUUAUCUUUUAAGUUGUUGUAUUUAUUUAAUAUAUUACAAAUCAUUGUGGUGUUUAUCUAUGUUACUAAAACAAAAUAAAGAAAAUAUAGAACUAAAAAUAAAUGAAAUUUUUAAUAAAUUUUUUGAAAACACACAAAAAAGACUUUUAAAUGUAUUAAAAAUUAGUGAGAAUAAUGAUUACUAUUUUUCCAAUUCAUAUAAUUUAACAAUUAAGGAUAUACUAAAGAAUAAAGAUUUCUCAGAAUUGUUUUUGAUUAGAAAUAAAAUAUUAAAUUCAACUGAUUAUAAUAAUCUUAUUUUAAAUAUUCACAUUUAUUUUAGAUAUUCAAAUAAUUUUUUACAAAGUGUCAACAUAUUUCUUUUAAACCCAAUUGUACUUAAUUAUUUUUAUGAAGUGGAUAAAAAAUAUUCUCUAUCUUUUAAUUAUGACACAUCUUCAAAUAAGGAUUUAGAAUCAACUGAAAAUAAAAAUGAAUGCCAAUCUGAAGAUAAAAACGAGAUAUAUAAUUUAAUAGAAAAGAUGGAAACUUUUUUUGAUUCAGAUAAGUUCGAUGAUAUUAUGUGUGUUAAGUAUGAUCAUACGAAUUUGUCAAAUUACUUUAAAAAUCAUGACUUAGUUUCAUUUUUACUAAAGCAUGACAUAUAUCAUAUUCCUUUUAGAUUAUUAGAAAAAAAUUCAGUUGUUGUAUUAUUAUAUAGUUGCUUAUUGUUUUUUAUUGAUAAUUUUUUUAUAUUUGAAGUACAGGAAAUUGAGAAUUUCACAUUAUCAAUGUUCAAUAUAGGAAUAUCUGAUAGUUUUUUUUUAAAUAGAGAGAAACAUAUUAGUGAUCAAAUAACUACAAUAUUUAAUCUUCUUAUUUUAUUAUAUUUAGAAAAUGAGGAUAUCUUAAGAGGUUCUAUAAUUAAGAAGGAGUAUUGUAAUAACUUCAAAUUAACUAAUGAUUUUGAUAAUAAUACAUGUAUAAAAAUUUUUAAUAAUCUCUUAAUUAACUUUGAAAAUAAAAAUAUGAAUCAAGAAUCCCUCUCUGAAAGCUUGAAUUUUUUCCUUUAUAUUUUAAGCAUUAAUUAUAAAGAUACUUUAAUGAAUUUAAAAGAUGUAUAUACAAGAACAAAACAUGUUAAAAGAUUAGAAGUUUGUAACCAUAUAAUUAAUACUUUUUUAUAA